AGAAAGCAAACUUAGCUAUUGAGAGACAUGCUGGCAAGAUAUACACACGAGCUAUGUUUGAGCAGUUUGGGCAUAUUCUCUAUGAGUGCGGCGCGUACCAAGUGGAGGAGCUCGAGAAAGGGAAAUUGUAUCUUGCAAUUCAUAUGGAAGCCGCACGGAGAGAAAAAUGGUGUAGGGUAUCAUAUAAGGUGAAUGUUCUUGAAGGAGAUGAGGAAUUUUACUGCGAGUGCGGGCAAUUUGCACACAUGGGGCUCCUUUGCAGCCAUGUUCUGAAGGUGCUGGAUUUCAUCUGUAUUACGAAAAUACCACAGAAGCACAUUAUCAAACGGUGGACCAAGGACGCGCGUGACGUAUUACCACCUCACCUUACUCAAUAUCAAAGAGAUAAUGCACAUAAAAAUCCAUUCAGCUUCAAGCAUUUUAAUAUGUAUAUGCAUGCCAUGGAGUUGGUGCGGAUGGGUGAUGCAAGUGUCGAAGCAUAUGAGAAAUUCAUUGUUCUCAUUAAGAACUGCAUGGUGGAAAUGCAACCAUUUGCAGAAAUUAGGGAUGGCUGGGUUUGGAGGACAGGGUAGCUGAACAUGGAGAUGUUGUUAAUCAACUACCAGUACAAAUACCUCUUGCUGCAGCAAGUGGCGGUGCAGUUAUGGCUACGGUGAAUCAUGAUGCUACUUCUGCAAAUGAGAGUGGUAACAGACU